GUUAAGAGGAGAGCCGACGUGAGCGCGGUGACACAAAGAGCUGUCGUUGGACGGAAGAACGGGAAAAGUUUCUGAAAAUGGCUUCAAGAGUUCGACGUCGCAACAGGCCGCACCUUAUCAUCAUGAGGGGCCUGCCGGGGUCCGGGAAGACGACAUUAUCAUGGGACAUCAUGAAGGAGUAUGAUUACACAGGAGAAGUGCUGAGCACCGAUGAUUAUUUCAUUGACGAUUACGGUUACUACAACUUUGAUUUCUACUCGCUGGAAAGGGCACACAACUGGAAUCAGGAAAGAGCUGAGGAAGCCAUGCAAAAUGGAGUACACCCGAUUAUCAUCGAUAACACCAACAUGCGUCGCUGUCACAUGGAGCCGUACGUUCAGAUGGGUCUUGAAUAUGGCUACUACAUCAAGUUUAGAACAACACCAGACACCUUUAGGUGCAGUGUUGAGGAGCUUCACAAGAGGGCCAAUUGCGGCAUACCAAAGAGGGUGAUGUACAGGAUGAAGAAGAACUUCGAACAAGUUGAAACCAUUUACGACGUCCUAAAUGACCCAGGAUAAGAGUAGAGGGGUCAUCGACGUUCCCCCCCCCCCCCCCCCCCCCCUUCCCCCCGACUCGAACCGUCGGCAGAAGAAGCGCUCUUUUCGACUUUUUGGCAAAGCAAAUGAGAUGUUCACGCUAGAAGGCUUCAGGCAAAGCGGACCUUGUUAGCAAACGUGUCCAUCGCGAUAUAUUAUUGGUGGCAGAAAAAGUAAUAAAGCAAGAUUGAUCAGGCUUUGGCAAUCUGUUGCAACUGCUAUUCAAUGCUUAUUAAUUGGUGUGUUUAUCUACUGUGGUGAGAGAGUCCUGGUACUUCCUGGUACUGAGGCCUACAUGGCUAUCAUAGGCCUGGCAUUGACAAGGGAAGGGAACUGGGAUGUCUCAAGGGCAUUUUCUGUUCUGACGUUAUCGUAUUAUAAUAUAUAGCCACACCUAAGGUUGCAAGGGCACGCAUGUAAAUCCCACGCAUAAUAUUACGUAGUCACACAUAAAACGCUUGCACAGACACAAAUUUCUCUCACACACACACCGGGGGUGGGUCUGAUCAUCUCCAGAUGGAGUUUGGGCCCAGGUAAUCUCCUGUGCUAAUGGUAAUCUAACUUGUUCUCCACUGUGCUGUUAAUGUUUGGGAGCCUAUAUGCAUCAGGGUUCAGUGUCUCUUAAGGCCAUAUCGAACGUGGAAGUAUACCAGACACUUGAACUCAUCUUUUCUGCUAGCAAUCACAGCUGCUGGUUUCCUGCCCUGGCCAGGAAGCCAGCAUUAAGCUGGCUGUGGCUAAUGGCUGACUGAGGGUACUUUCCACUGGUUGUUUUUGAAAUCACCAAAUUGCAAGGUGUUGUGAACGGAAGAGAACGUCAGAUCACCGACAUCACGGAAAACAACAACAAACACUCUGGGUAUAGAUAGUCAUGCUGAACAAAACUUACUGAUUUUUAAGUCUUAAAAAAAAAUUUUUUUUAUUAAAAAUAUAUUCUCAGGUCACAAGCGGUAGAAACCUGUCAUCACAAAUCAAAUAAUUAUUUAGGGGGUGGGGGGGGGGGGGGGAAGAAAUGAAAAGCGAAAUUUAAUCUGGCAUUAGUCCUCUAAAAAUACUGCACAUUUUGUUUUUAAACGGACAAGCUUUAUGCCUCGCACCUGGGCUACACCAUCGACCAGGGGGCAGUCAAUCUUACCCAGAAAGGGCCAGUCCAGGUACAGGCUUUAGUUCCAACCGAGCAGUUACUCACCUGAUUCUACUAAUCAAGGUGCUUAGCAAAGACUGUAGUGGCUGAUUAGCAGAAUCAGGUGUGUAACUCUGUUGUUGGAACGGAAGCCUGCUCCGGCCCUUUCUGGUUCUGGUUAAGAUUGAGGAUCCCUGCCAUACACUGUAGAGAAAAUUGGCUGCACUAGGUUACGGUGUGUCAUAAAUAAAUUUAAAAAAUCAGACUACGGAAGUAUUUUCUCCCGGUAGGUGUCGCUGUUGUCUAAUUUUUGGAACUGGUCUCUCUCGGAUGGGGCUGCGCACUGGCAGACGGUGCUAUGUGCCCGUGACCAGCUCUGUGUUGGUUGGAUCGGUGCUACCAGGAACACAUUGCGCCAUUUUGAAGCCAAGACGAGGGUCAAUUAUGCACAAGAGAGACAACUGACUAAUAUACACCCAAUCAGGUAGGAUUGCGUGGUGACCACGUCUGACCGGACAGCUGCUAAAUGUACUCCAAUGCAUUGAGGUAAAUGUCGCAAUCGGUAGGUUUGAUGUCGUGUUUUCUUUGCUCUGGUAAGCAAGUACAGUUACAGUGUUUACUAGCUAGAUAAUGUUUCAGAGCACACGGGGGAUAUGUAGUUUAACUGACGUUAGUUGCAUUGUAUUGCCCAUUUACUUUGUUCAUAAAAUAGCAUGUCAAAUUGCCAAUCUUAUUCUUGCAGUGGUAACAAAGCAAUAAACGGAAUUAGAUAGCAUUUAUGAUAGCUAAUACUGUAAUGUAUGCCAAGCUGUCUAACAUUAGUUGACUAAACCAGAAAUUCUUCUUCAGUAAUACACUUGGCUGGCUUGGUUUCUGAAUAACAGUGUUUGGUGUUUAACGGUAGCCGCUGUCAGUUCUGUUUUGCUGGUUGGUUGUCCGACGCUGUUCUCGUCGGAGAAGCCUUUUGACUGCGUUACAGUAGCAGUUUGGGAUUUGGAUGCGCGCGACAAUAAUAAUGCUGUUGAAAAAUGGCAAGGAUGUUACUGCAAAAUGUGGACAAAACAUGUGCCCUGUAUACAAAACUGCAACUUCAAAAUUUAAUCGCGACUGCACGUUUGUUGGCAGAUGAAUUUCUUUGUUUCACGUAUGUUUGUGCUGUUGUUUUACAGUUGUCGAAACCUUGCGAUUUGCACCGUUAUCAGCGUUGGAAACCUUGUACUGCUGUAACUUUUAUUUAUUAAAUAAAAGCUUUAUAACAUUG